AUGCGGAAGAGUGACAUCAGGUAUCCGAGAGCCACAACUGACCCCAGGCCUUUAGAAGGACACAUUGCUACAGAAAAUGUCAAACUGCCAUCUGAAAUACUGAUUAAGAUCCUGUCGUACUUGGACGCCGCUUCUCUUUUCAGCAUCAGCUACGCCAAUAAGCUCAUCUACCAGCUUACCAACGAUAAUGCCCUGUGUAGGAAGAUAUACAUAUCAGAGUUUGGCAGGAAUAAAAAGGGGAAAUCUACGUGCAUGAAUGAGCUGCUGCUGCUGAAGACGGCCGCAGUGGGGCUGCAGGAUCAUGCCGCCGGCUACUGGAAGCGGCAGUUAUUGAAGGCGGUAGCCACAUGUGACAUAAAGAAGUUGAAGAGAGACCUCAGACACAUCAACCUCUUCACUGGGCUGCCCUAUCAAACAGAACAGGUUCUCAGAAACUUGCACGUCACCUGGGAACUGACGGCAUAUGAAGAGUCAGGGCAUGAGGGCACACUUCAGCUCAUCUGGUCCCGGUUCUGUGAGACGUCUGUGUGUCUUUGCUGGAGUGGAGGAGACUGCCUGCCCAACUACCAGCACAUUUCCACCCUUCAGCUCCACGGUGUCAGGAAGAUCACCCACAGCUGCUCCGGCCUAAAGAAUCCUGGUGGGAGGUCCCUCAUGUCCAAGGUUGACAUGCAGGCUUUAACUCAAAGCGCGAAGGUCAUCGGUCAGGACAGAAUGGUUGAACUGAGGAUGCUACAGCCUGGAAUCCUCAUCGGUACCUGGAAGGACCAGUGCUCCGUCGCCUUCAUCAUGUUCACCCUUCACUUCCACAGACUGGCGGAGAGAAGCAUCCAGGGAUCUUUGUUUCGCCCCCAUAUGGAGCCAACGGUCAGACCUGCUUUUGAUGACAUAGAUCCUGAGUAUGGUCUCCAUGGUUAUCAACUACACAUUGUUCUCCACAACACCAUAUGCAAGCUCAUAUCUGGAAGCUUCUCCCAGCUCUUCUGCAAUAGAAGUCAGAUCAGGGACGGACUGAUCCAGCUCACUGCCAUCAGCGAGACAGACUUGUCUCAGCACACUCCUCUGUCAGGCAGCAUCACCCUGCCCUGGAGGUGUGAAGCCCUGCAGGGCUCAGUAGAGAACUGCUGCAUCAUGAGUCUGACUCUACUGGAUGAAUUCAGGAACCCCUUUUGGUGUGUCAGCUCUCCUGUUUCCGUGGAGCUGGAAUAUCCGUCCAGUGUGUCUUUCGACUAUGAUGGCGAGCACUUCCUGAUCCACCACCUGGACGCAGACGGUCAGGUGAAGAUGAAACUUGUCUGGAUGAAGAAACAGAAGCAGUUCGUCGUCUUCAGCUUGGUUGUUUAUGGAGCAUUACAAGUGAGCUGUGCUGAAGGAGAACCUAUUACUCUCGCUCCAUCCUGUGAGGGCCAGCAGAGCAGGAUUAGGAAUAAAGGAGAAUGGCAGAAAAACAUAAGAAAAAGAACGGCUGAAAUGACACUUAAAGCUCGGGUUGGUGAUCCUGGAAAAUCUAGCAAGAGCAGGCAGCGCUGA